CGAUGGCGUACACCGAUAAACAAAAGGAACGAUCAAAGGUAACAACAGAUUAUGAACUAAUUGAAGUUGAAGACGGACAUGAACUAAUUGAAGUUGAAGAUGGACAUGAACUAAUUGAAGUUGAAGAUGGACAUGAACUAAUUGAAGUUGAAGAUGGACAUGAACUAAUUGAAGUUGAAGAUGGACAUGAACUAAUUGAAGUUGAAGAUGGACAUGAACUACUUGAAGUUGAAGAUGGACAUUUAAAAACAAAAGAGUAUGCCGAAACUGAUAUAAUUUUUAAUAGCGAUGGCGUUAGCUUUGUUGGUGGAGUGGAAGCUACGAAAGAAGAUUUAUUCGAUUCGAAAACUUCUAUUCUAUUUUCACCGAUGUGGAAACAGAGCUUAGCAGCGUCAGUGCCGAUCUUGUUAAAUAUUGCCUUGGGUUUGACGUCUGGAUUCUCGGCGACCUUGUUACCACAAUUGGAGAAAGAAGCUGGACCCAUUCCGGCAGACGAAGAAACAGCAUCUUGGAUAGCUUCAAUCGCAGCACUCCCAAUGGUUCCCGGCUGCCUAAUAUCCGGAUGGUUGUUUGAAAGAUUCGGAAGAAGAAGAGCUCAAUUUAUAGUAUCUGCUUUGUUUCUGAUCGGCUGGAUCCUUACGGCAACAGCUUACAACCUGACAUUUAUCCUAAGCGGAAGAUUGUUCACUGGGCUUUGCUCAGGAUUAAUAGCUCCCUUGGGACCGGUAUAUGUCGGAGAAACUUCGGAACCGAAGUAUCGAGGCUUUUUUCUUGCUGCGAUUUCGUUAGGCAUGACCUUUGGUAUCAUAUUUGCACAUGUAGUCGGCACAUUCACAUCAUGGCAAUGGACAGCGGUAAUAUGCGCCGUGUUUCCAAUAUUAAGUAUAGUCUUACUAGUUUUCUUACCAGAAAGUCCCACCUGGUUAAUAUCAAGAGGUCGCAUUGAGGAGGGUGUCAAGAUUUAUAACUGGUUAAGAGGGAAUAAUGACGAAGCCAAAGCUGAACUAAAAGCUAUAAUUGAUCGUAAAUUGGCAGCUCAUGCUUCCCCAGUACAGACUUGGAGAAAUAAACUCCUCUAUCUUAAAAGCCCAGAACUAAUAAAGCCUUUAAUGAUUAUGAACUUAUUUUUUGCUACAUGUCAGUUCACGGGAACAAAUGCUGUCACGUUUUAUUCUAUAGAUAUUUUGGGAAAGGCUGUAGGUAAAGGAAUAGAUCAGUAUUUAGCGAUGUUAAUAAUCGAUUUGCUGAGGUUGAUAGCUUCACUAGCAGCCUGUGUAAUCUGUAAGAAGUAUGGUCGAAGAAAUGUAUUCUUCCUGAGCAGUGGUUUAACUGUAGUAUCUUUAAUAGGUUUAGCAAUGUUUUUGUAUCUGAAGCCAGAAAACAUGUCUUGGAUACCACUAUUUUGUUUAAUGUUUUACAUUUGCGCAAUAACUAUUGGCGUGGAUCCAAUACCGUGGAUAAUGUGUGGUGAGAUUUUUCCGGAAAAUGUUCGUGGAAUGGGAUCCGGGAUCAGUACGGGCGUGGCUUUUGCGAGUUUAUUUGUGGUGGUCAAAACAGAACCGGGAAUGAUGAAGAAUUUAGGCGAAGCAUUCACUUUUAUGAUUUACGCGACUCUAACAUUAUUUGGGGUCGUCAUAUUAUACUUCACUUUGCCAGAAACGAAAGGAAAAAGCUUACAUGAGAUCGAAGAUAAACUCAAAAGUCAAAACUGCAACAAUAGCCGAAGAUCUGUAAUUGCUUUUUAGCGGCGUUAAUGUAUCUACUAAGUGAUUGCCCUUCUAUUGUUAAGCGGAGCAAUAUGUAUUAGACCUUGAUAGGUAACCUAUUUGUAGGAAGAUCAGUUCCUAUGGUAAUAAGAAUAUUUUA